CACGUCCCACAGUUUGUUCCGGAGUCGUAGCAACUCACGAAGAUCCCAGCAUGGACCUGGUGCUGAAUGUGGCCGAUCACUAUGUGCUGACCCCGUACGUGUACCCCUCCUCGUGGUCAGAAGAGGGUGCUCUGAGGCAGAUUCUGAGCCUGCUGGUGCUCACAAACCUGGGGGCCGCAGUACUGUACCUGGGGCUGGGGGCCAUCAGCUACUUCUGCGUCUUCGACCACACUCUCAUGAAGCACCCGCACUUUCUGGAGAACCAGGUGAGGAGGGAGAUCAAGUACGCCAUGACAUCUCUGCCUUGGAUCAGCCUGCCCACUGUGGCCCUGUUCUUUGCUGAGGUGCGGGGAUACAGCAAACUCUAUGACAACGUGUCCGACCAUCCUCUGGGCUGGACAGGCUUCUUCAUCAGCAUGAUCUCCUUCCUCUUCUUCACUGACAUGUGCAUCUACUGGAUCCACAGGUUUUUGCACCACAAGAGCAUCUACAAGUUGUUCCACAAGCCCCACCACAUCUGGAAGGUCCCUACCCCGUUCGCCAGCCACGCCUUCCACCCAGUUGACGGCUUUCUGCAGGGCCUGCCAUACCAUUUGUACCCCUUCCUCUUCCCCCUGCACAAGGUCCUGUACCUGGCCCUCUACGUGUUCGUCAACAUCUGGACCAUCUCCAUCCACGACGGGGACUACCGCGUUCCUCGCCUCCUCACAGCCUUCAUCAACGGUUCUGCGCACCACACGGACCAUCACCUGUUUUUCGACUACAACUAUGGCCAGUACUUCACGCUGUGGGACCGGCUUGGGGGGUCUUACCGACACCCCUCUGGGCUCAUGGGGAAGGGCCCGCUGGAUCUCAUUAGGAGAAUGGAGAGAGAGGGGAGGCUAGGGGAGAGGGAGGAGAAGAGGAAUGGACACCAGGGGAAAAUGGACAAGGAGGAGUAGAGUGGAAGGACUGCUGUAUUUACAAAAUAGAAUAUCUCAAGUUUGUUUUUUCGCAUUAUCUCAGUAACAAUAUUUGGGCAGUCCUGUGGACUAAAACAUUGCGUGAGGGCGGGGUCCAGGGGUAUAAGAACACUGUGAUUGGUUUAACAAGCAAUCUCUCUGUAUUAUUUAUGCAGAGAGAUAUCAGCCUGGUUCCCAUUCCCUCUGUCACAUCAAUCUCCAAUCAGAUUUGGUUUUUUUAUGACAAAUGUGAAACAAAGUUCAUUGGUCAUUUGUCAUUUUGAACACACUUUUCUUACAUCACUAACAGAGUUUAGUGAUUUGCUCAUUGACUCUGCAGAAAUCCACAAUGUUUGUCAGUUCCCUGGGAUUUUUUUCUCCUUAUAAUCAGCCUGGUUUGAAAUGAGCGAACCAUGCAUGUACCUGGCUGGCUAAUCUGUCUGUCAAUCAUGGCCAUCUGAAUUUGGAGAGAUGCCCCGAUGUAUUGGAGAAGUGCCUAUUCUAGAUCCCAGGCAAUUAUGAAAGUGUCAAAUGACUGAAAACUUGUCAUUGUGAUAGAUUGUUGUUUAGUUUCCUAAUGGUAAAGCUAACAACAACUAGCAUGCUAACCAUGCACGUCCCUAUUAUUAGACAAUAAAACACUAUAAUUACAUGCAGACAGGACACAGCUGACUUAUUUUGACCUGAAGAGGUGCGUAUACAAUAUAUCUGUACUGGGGCUAGACAAAGUCUACACUACCAGUCAAAAGUUUGGACAUACUUUUUAAUUUAUGUGUCUUCUUUAUUUCCAUGACUAUUUACAUUAUAGAUUCUCGUUGAAGUCAGAACUAUGAAUGAACACAUAUGGAAAGUAGUAAACAAAAAAUGGACUCAAAAUCACUUCAGAUUGAAAUUAAAAUAGUCAUCUUUUGCUUUGAACCCUGGUUUCAUUCUUAACCUUGACAAGGUUCACUUUUGAAGUGAAAAUCAUUUGAGGAUAAUUCAUCCAGAAGGCCAAGGGUUUGCAGCGCUGUCAACAAAGUGAAGGGUGGAUAAUUAGAGGAUUUGAAUGUAAUAUAUCAAAAAUAUUUAGAUCAGUUAUUUCACUUUUUUCCUACAUAAUUCCAUAUAUAUUGCUUCAUAUAUUUGAUGUGUUUUAUAUGUAUCAAAAAUGUAGAAAAAAACAUUGAAUGAGAGGGUAUGUCCAAACUUUUGACUGUAGUGUAUAUGGAAAAUAAAAGUACAAACUUAAUAUAAUUUAUUGUAAUGUUUUGAGACAUUUCUUUGUACUGUGUCAUUAAUUGUAUUUCCAUUACAUAUUUUUGUAAUUAAAUAAAGUGAAUUGAAAUCACAAUAACAGACAAAUUACAGAGUGCCACUUUAAACUUGCAUGAACAAUUGUAUUGAAUAUUCUUUAAUUCUUUAAUUCAACUCCUAUUUCUGAGUAUAUAAGACACCAUUGUUGCUAACAAAGAAUUUGGAUUACCACUUAAUGACAUCACAAAAUGAAGAUGUGCGUGACCUUAAUAUGCAGGUAGGGGUGGGGCCGGACCAAUUCUCACAAAACCAGACACAAGAUUGACUGCACAUGAUGAGAUUGUAAGAUAAUUUACAUUAAUCUGUUCAAUUAACAAUUUUGAUGUCUAAACAAGAAUUAUUUUAGUUGUGGGUUUAUUUUAUGUGUUAAUAUAAUGGGAUAAAAAUAAAUAAAAAAUAGGUAACUUUCUGGAGGUAGCAUGUU